AUGGCUGACACAAACGCCCCCAAAGGACUUUCCAACAAACUCCAAAACAAGCGCAAGAGGCAAGCCGACGACGCUGCUCCCAAGCAAGAAAAGCCCGAGGCAGGCACACCCGUAGAGGGAUCAAGCAAGAAGAAGCAGAAGAAGAACAAGAAGAAACAAGCUGAACACGAUGAGAACCAGUCAACGCGCAAAGAUGGCAUUGACGAGUCGAUUGGCAAGAUGGACGGCCGGUUGUUGGGCGAUCACUUUGCUCAGAAGGCCAAAAGGCACGAUAAGGAGCUUUCCGCUGUUGAACUGAGUGACCUUUCGAUUCCAGAUUCCGCAUUCCUCGAUACCUCUUCCUUCACCUCUACUCGAAAGCUAGAGCAACUCCCCGAAUUUCUCAAGUCGUUCAGUCCCAAGGGUGUUGACCUGUCGAAGUCGUCUGAGAAGAACGGCACUCCUCAUACACUAGUCAUUUCGGGUGCUGCUCUGCGAGCUGCUGAUGUUGUACGGGCACUACGUUCAUUCCAAACCAAGGAUAGCAUUGUAGGAAAGCUGUUCGCGAAGCACAUCAAGCUGGAGGAAGCAAAGCAGUUUCUUCAACGUGCCCGGUCUGGUAUCGGGGCUGGAACCCCAACUAGAAUCUCUGAUUUGAUCGAGUCUGGAACUCUCAACCUGGAGGAGCUGGAGCGCAUCGUCAUUGAUGGAUCACACAUUGACCAGAAGCAGCGAGGCAUCUUUGACAUGAAGGACACGCAUAUGCCGCUGUUGAAGCUGCUUACUCGGCCGGAACUGCUUGAGCGCUAUGGGGCGAAGAAGGGUGUGAAGAUCUUGACCAACCCAAUGGGCGAUAAGCGCAAGCUCGUGCAGGAUGAGGUGGUCGAGCCCGAGGGCAAGAAGAUGAAAAAGGAGAAGAAGGACAAGAAGGAGAAGAAGGAGAAGCGUAAGGCGCAAGAGGAGCCCCAGAUUGUCGCUCCCGCCAAAAUUGCUGCCCCGGCGCUCGAAGAGGUGAAGGAGAAGAAGAAGGACAAGUCUGAGAAGAAGGAGAGGGUCGACAAAAAAGAGAAGUCUGAUAAAAAGGAGAAGAAGGAGAAGAAGGAGAAGAAAGAGAAGAAGGAGAAGAAGGAGAAGCGCAAGGCCGAGGAGGUCGACGCGGAGGCUGCUGCUCCAUCCGAAGAUGCUAUGGAUGUUGACGUGACCCCUACCGAGAAGGUGGACGCCGAUCAGAAGGAGAAGAAGGAAAAGAAGAAGGAGAAGAAGGAGAAGAAGCAGAAGACUGAGCCUGUUGCUGAGACCGAAGAAAAGCCUACCGCGGAGGCCGAGCAGGCCCAGAAGAGCUCCCGCUUCAUCUGCUUUGUCGGCAACCUUCCCUACUCCGCCAACCACGAGUCCUUGAGCAAGCACUUCGAAAAGAACCCCCCGGCCACAAUCCGUGUUGCAACCAAGAAAGAAGACCCCAAGAAGUGCCGUGGCUUUGCAUUCAUUGAGUUUGACAACUACGACCGCAUGAAGACCUGCCUUAAGCUGUACCACCACUCCACCUUCGACGACGGAAAGUACCCGCCCCGACGCAUGAACGUUGAGCUGACUGCUGGCGGUGGCGGCGCCAAGUCCGAACAUCGUAAUGCCAAGAUCCAGGCCAAGAACGAGAAGCUCAAUGAGGAGCGCCAGCGCCAGGCUAAGGAAAUCCAGAAGGACAAGAGAAAACACGAGAAGACGGCAGCUCCGGCUGGCGGCUCUGGUGCCAACGCUGCUAGCAUGGACGGUGCAGCUGACACCGCUGUCAGCGCUGACAACGAUCAGUGGGCUGGUCUGCAUCCUAGCCGCAGAGGCCGUGUUUAA